CCAUCGUCUGCCAUGUUAGAUUGGUCCGAUACUCGGCGAUGAGCAUAUCCAACUUCACUGACCAUGACAUGGUGAUCCUCGCUGAUGCCAAAGAACUAGCAUCUUGGCUUUGGUCAGUUCGCUAUGCCACCUCAGCCUUGUUCAUCGUCCUGCUCCCUGGGCGGCUGUAUCAACUUCAUAAACGGCCAGUCAGUGUCAGCUCCGACUGGCGUCUGUACCUCAAACUGGUCAUAACCACGUUGUUCUUCAUCCAGCAACUUGUCACCGGCUAUGUCUUUAUCUCGGAAUCCGCGGUCGCGAGUCCGGUUCCAGUAGCGCUGCUUCCCGCCGCUUCACUGGGCCUUGUCAUCCUCUCUCAUUCAGAGCACCGGAGAUCUGUUAAGCCAUCAAGCCUGAUCCUCCUCUACCUCUUAAUUUCUUGUCUUUGCGACUUGGUACAGCUUACAAUACCUUCUCUGCGCCAUCUUGAUAACCACAAUGACCGCCUUAUCAUCGGAUGGCAGUUGGUAGCCAAGAUUGUGGUCUUCUACGUCGAGUGUCUGGCGAAAGAAAGCGUUGUGGACGAAGAAGAAGAAAUCGGCCAUGGCUCGCUAGAGGAGCGAGCAAGCUUUCUCAGCAGGGCUUUCGUCUCUUGGAUUAGUCCCGUCCUUAAGGAAGGCUACAGAAUGGUUCUCGUGAAUGAGAAGCUUCCGAGCGUCGACCAUGAAUUGGCGUCUGGAAAUCUUCGAGCGUCGAUUCUGCGAACGCUCUUCGAAUACUCUUCAUCUCCGUUCGCGUUGGUACUAUUCAGAUGUCUUCGUGCUCCCUUUCUGACAGUCAUUGUCCCGCGACUUUUCGUCAUCGGCUUUCGGUAUGGCCAGCCGGUAUUGAUUCGCUACGCCAUCGAAUAUGUACAGUCUCCUGAAACAAACGAGGAUCAAGGUUAUACACUAGUGUCCGUUGCCGCGAUCGUCUACAUUGGUCUCGCACUGUCAACGAGGGCAUAUCAGCAGGGCUUAAAUCGAUUACAGGUCAUGAUUCGAGGUGCCCUGCUUGGGGUGGUUCAUGAACACUCGUUGCUCGCUCGUCAUGAGCUGUACAGCAAAGCGAAAACAGUGGCAAUUGCAUCAACAGACGUGAGUGCCCUUGAAGGUGCCCCAAGAAUGCUUCAUGAAUCUUGGGCAUUGUUGGUUGAGGUAGUCAUUGGAAGCGUCCUGCUGGCUAAGCAAGUUGGAUGGCUAUGGCCGGUGCCUCAUGUUAUCAUUAUUGUAUGCUCUCGAGUUAGCAAAUACGUCGCACGCAACCUCAGAAGCAGCCAGGCUACGUGGAAUACUGCAACACAAGGACGGAUCUCCGCGACUUCUACGAUGUUGGGCUCCAUCAAGACCAUCAAAAUGCUGGGCCUUCAAAGCAUCGUUGAAAAACACAUCCUGGGGUUGAGACAAGAGGAGCUUGAUAAGGCGAAACGGGUUCGCUGGAUCAUGGCCAUAUACAAUGCGAGUGCCAACGCCCUGGGCAUGUUUGCUCCAGUCAUCACUAUCGUGCUUUUUGCCAUUAUCGCCAUGGUGAACGGGACCACUCUCGACACCAAAACAGCCUUCCCAACAAUCGCAAUCCUUGCCUUGGUAACGCAUUCAGCAAACAUGGUCAUGACCAUCGUUCCCCAAGCGAUAGCGGCCUACGCGAGCUUCGACAGAAUUGAGGAUUACAUCAAGUCCAUUAAGGCAGUCAGCCGCUCACCGCGCCCUGGACAGCUAGCCGAAGGAAUCGAGGUAUCAAUCCGCGGCUUGACCGUAAAAUGGACUCCUGAACAAAGCAACCCAACUUUGGAGGAUGUCAACCUGGAGCUUUCACGAGGUAAGGUGGUUGCAUGCCUGGGACCAGUCGGUUCAGGAAAGACGAGUUUGGCUAGGGCGAUCCUGGGAGAAGUGCCACUGGUAAAGGGCGCAGUCACAUAUGCUACCGACAGAAUCGCGUAUUGUUCGCAAGUCCCGUGGCUUCCCAAUCGGACCAUAAAGCAAGUCAUUCGUGGGUCAAUGACAAUAUACGGCGAUAUUGAUCACGAUUGGUAUCUGGCCGUUGUUCGGGCAUGCUGCCUCGACCAGGAUCUGGCCGUCCUUCCUGACGGUGAUGAGACCAUGGUGGGGGUUGACGGUAUGAAUUUGUCUGGUGGCCAGCGACAGCGCGUGGCUCUUGCGCGUGCCGUCUACCAUCGCUGUAAGGUGGUGGUACUUGAUGAUCCGUUCAGCGCGCUCGAUGGAAAGACUAGAGAUCAGGUUGCUCAAAACCUUCUUGGACCGAAAGGGCUUUUCCGCCAGCUGAACGCUGCAGUCUUUUGGAUAACAAGCUCAACCAAAAAUGUAAAUCUGAGUGACAAUGUCAUCAUUCUCGAAAGACGCAUCACAGAACAAGGUACUUGGGAAGAACUGAGGGACAAGCACCAACAGAUCACCGAUUACUUCCGGGAGGAUGCUUCGAAUACUAGCGAUGAGGAACAGUCAAAGCCAUCCGUGGUGACCAAGACAAAGGCGCGAAGCUCACCGACAUCGUCCACGGAUGACCUCAGACGCUCACAAGGUGAUCUGUCGCUAUACUCUUGUACGGCAUCGUACUCCUUCUUCAUCACCUUCCCCCAGUACUGGGUCAAAUGGUGGACUCAAAAUGACGAGCUCGAUUCGGCCAGCAAGAGAAACACGGUCUACUACGCGCUAGGUUAUGCCCUCCUAUACCUGAUGGCUUGGAUAUCCACGAACGGCACGAUGUUGUCGGCCGUCUUUCGAAUUGCGCCAACGUCCGGGCUGAAUCUUCAUCGGAGCCUCGUGCACACCAUCAUGCAUGCGCCCCUCUUCUUUUUCUCGAUGGCAGACAUGGGCGUUCUCCUGAAUUACUUCAGCCAAGACGUACAGCUCGUGGACAAGACGCUUGCGCAAGCCGUCAUGUCCUUUGCCAUUCAAGUGUGUAAGAUGAUUGUGCAAGCGUCUCUACUCCUUGCUGCUCAGCCCAUCAUGGUCGUCACUCUUCCCGUCUGUGCCGCGGUCGUGUACACAAUCCAGAAGGUCUACCUGCGUACUUCGCGCCAGCUCCGACUUCUUGAGCUCGAGAGUCGGGCGGCUGUGAAUUCGUCUCUUCUGGAAACCGUCCAGGGUAUCGAAACAAUUCGGGCAUUUGGCUGGCGAACCGAAGCGGCGAUAGAAAACAUUCAUGUCGUCGACAUAAGCCAGCGUCCCUUUUACCUGUUGCUUUGUCUUCAAAGGUGGCUUAAUGUUGUGCUCGAUCUUCUUGUUGCUGGUGUGGCCGUCGGCACAAUCUUUCUCGCAGUCAGCUUGAAGGGCACGGUGACGGGAGGCCAGAUUGGCGUGGCCCUAUCGGUCAUUAUCGCUGCCAAUGCCACUCUCCUGAGCCUGGUUCAGUCGUGGACAAACCUGGAAAUCUCCCUCGGUGCUAUUUCGCGGUUGAAGAGGGUGGAGGAAGAUACACCACAAGAGCCGGUUUCCGUUCCCUGCCCUGGCCACACCAGUCCAAACCACAGACCCUUUACCGGAUGGCCCUCGCCUGAUCUUCAUGACAACACACCCGGACUAGUUCGGUUUGAAGGAGUCUCGGCAUCAUAUACGAGUAAUGGCCCCUUGGUACUCCAAGAUCUCAAUCUCGAUAUUGCCUCCGGCCAAGUGGUGGUCAUUUGCGGACGGACAGGCAGCGGGAAAAGUUCCCUCCUCCUUGCGAUGCUUCGUCUAAUCAAUAUCCGCGACGGGACACUCCGCAUAGGGAACAAGGAUAUUCGUCAAGCUCCUUUACAUACCAUCCGUGAAAAAGCCUUCAUCACGGUCACGCAAGACCCGUUCCACUUAUCCGAUGCAUCUCUGCGCUUCAACCUUGACCCAACAUGUCUACUUCCCAACGACGCCCUGAUAUCAGUCCUUCAACUUCUCGGGCUAUGGUUCCAUCUCUCAUCGUCCUCCUCGAAUAACUACCCAUACUCAGAGCAUCCAGUCAUUGACGAAACCAGCCCUCUUCUCAACACCACCACCACCCCCUCUCCAAGCCCUUCCUAUCACCCCAUCCUCGACACUCCCCUCUCCCUCCUCCCCACCCUCUCCACCGGCCACCUUCAACUCCUCUCCCUCUGCCGCGCCAUCAUCAAAGCCCGACACAUGCGCAGCACCAUAAAUGUAGCCCAAGCCCAAGCCGCCGUCCCAGAGGAAGAAGAAGAAUACAGACGAGGAGACACAACUACCUCUACCGAUCCAGAAGACUUUAGCUCAUCUGCUUCUUCUUCUUUUUCUUCUUCUUCCUCCGACCCGGGCUUUCGUAAACCGGACGACAUCAUCAUGCAGCCGAUUAUUCUGCUGGAUGAAAUCACGGCUUCGUUGGAUGAAAAGACGGAGCAAAUGGUGCUUAGGGUCGUCAAGGAGGAGUUUUUGGCAAACAAGUAUACGGUUUUGAUGGUUACGCAUCGGGUGGAGGCGGUUAGGGGUGCUUUGUUGGGGGUGGAGGAUUUGGUGGUGGUGAGUAUGGAGGGGGGAAAGAUAGUGGGGGUUGAGAAGGUGGGUGCACAUGGGCGACGCUGAUGGCGUUAGUCAGAAGCUAACUUAAGGGAGGGUGAGGGUAGGUAGGAAGUAGGAAGUAUUCAUGUUCUCUUUCUCAGAGCUGGGGUUGCUGAGAGGGAACCUACCUUGAGAGGUGGAAGGGGAAGGGAAGGGAUCCGUCGCGUGGAGGAUAUGCGACGCUGAAUAAUUUUGGAAGAAAAAAAAAAAAAAAAAAAAAAAAAAAAAAAAAAAAAAAAAAAAGGCGUGGGUUAUCUCCAUCCGGGGAAGAUACAGUCAAGAGAUGUUCACAGAGCGGCUUCGAUACCUAUUAAUUACAUGGAUUCCAUUUCUGC